AUGGCAGAACAUCGUGUUUUUACAGAUCAGACUAACCGUCUUGCCGUAACACGGAAGAGUUUGCCACCUUUGGUAUCCCCAGCUUUGGGUGUAAACAAGGAAAAAGCCACAGGUGGAUUAAAGGAAUCUGAUAUUGGUCGUAGUCUUCCCCAAAAGAAGGUAAUUGCAGAUCUUAUUUCUGUACCAGAAUACAGUGCUGAGAUUGGGGAUUAUUUCCUUGUUGCCGAAAGAAGCCAUUAUCGUGAUCCGAGUUACAUGUCUAAUCAACCUGAAAUAAGUGAAAGAAUGAGAAUGAUCCUUAUUGAUUGGCUUGUGGAUGUGGUUAUAAAAUUUAAGUUACAUGCAGAAACUUAUUAUUUGGCUGUUGAUAUUGUAGAUCGAUACUUGGGGGCAAAAGAAGUUGGCAGAGCGAAACUUCAAUUGGUUGGUAUAACUGCUAUUCUUCUUGCAGCAAAACAUGAAGAAAUUUGGCCACCUGGAAUAAAGGAUUGUGUUUUUAUUUGUGCUAAUACUUAUACUGCACAAGAAGUUUUUGCAAUGGAAAGAGAUAUUGCAAUUACAUUACGGUUUAAAUUAACUGUACCUACAACAUAUCCUUUAGCUUGUCGAUUUUUGGAAUGGGAAGAUAGUGAUCAAAUUGUCCGUGAUGCGACAUUUUUAUUUUUGGAAUCUGCUUCCCAUAACUAUGAAAUGUUACAAUAUCUACCUUCCCGAGUGGCCGCUGCUUCUGUUUUUCUUGGACGUUUGAUUAUCGCAUGGAAUAACUCUACUGAUCGAUCCAAUAUUUCAAUAAACAAACUUUGGGAUCGGGAAAUGACCCAUGUUAGCCGAGGAAUUACACUAGAUGAAGUUACUUCCGUAGCAAGUAAGCUUUUGACCUUUACAAAGGACUUAUGCACGGCUUCUUCAAAACUUCAAGCUGUUCGACGCAAAUAUCUUUCUCAGAAAUAUAACAAUGUGUGUUCAUUAGAUUUUCCUACACCAACUUUUUUUUCUUCUUUUUAG